AUGCUAGAUAAUUCAAUGAACUCAGAAAAAUAUAAAAAAUUAAUUAUAAAAAUUGCUUUAAUACUAAGUACAAUAUCAAUACUUAUUUCACUCAUUGCAAUUUUAGUUGUUAAAUUAUUUCCACAAGAUCAAGAUGGAUCAUACGAAGAAUUGAAUAUAAGUAUUGAAGAAAAUACCAUGCCUAAAACAUUUGUAUGUAUAAGAAAUGUCACAAUGAAUUCAUCGAAUAAAGAGAAAGAUAAAAAUAUCGAUCCACAAAAUAAUGUUAUACCAUCUACCAACAAUAAGGACAAUUCUUUAGAAGAGGGUCAAGCACAAAAAGAAACUGAUAACGAACCAAAUUUAGCAAAUGAUCAAAAUGAUGUUGAUACAAAUUCUCCAAAAGCAAUAAAAGUAGUAGUAGUAGACUGA